GCGCCGCCGCCGCGGCAGACGCUGCGGCCGCUCCGCGUGCGCACCGCCGGCCGCGCCGGCCGCCUCAAGGAGUACUUCGUGUUCCGGCCCGGGACGAUAGAGCAGGCGGUGAGCGAGAUCCGCGCCGUCGUGAUGCCCGCCGAGGACGGGACGGUGCAGAGCGUGUGGCUGCUCGCCGAAAUUGAUCACUGGAAUAAUGAGAAGGAGCGUCUCGUUCUCAUCACAGACUGGUCCCUUCUGAUCUGUAAAUAUGACUUCAUUAGCCUGCAGUGCCAGCACGUGACGAGAGUAUCACUCAAUGCAGUUGAUACCAUCUCUGUAGGGGAGUUUGAGUUCCCACCUAAAUCUCUGAACAAGCGAGAAGGUAUUGGUAUUCGAAUUCAGUGGGACAAGCAAAGUCGUGCCUCCUUCAUAAACCGAUGGAAUCCAUGGUCCACAAAUGUUCCAUAUGCCACGUUCACUGAGCAUCCAAUGGCAGAUGCUGAUGAGAAGAUUGCAUCCCUUUGCCUACUGGAAAACUUUAAAACUCAACUAAUUCAAGCAGUGAAGAAAGCCCAUAAGGAGUCACCAUUGCCAGGAAGAGCUAAUGGAGUUCUAGUGCUGGAGCGUCCUCUUCUGAUUGAAACUUACCUGGGAUUGAUGUCCUUCAUCAACAACGAGGCAAAACUUGGCUACUCCAUGACAAGAGGCAAAAUUGGAUUUUAAGAUUUGUUGCAUUUAAUGUUUUCAAAGCAAAGCAAACUGAAAUUAGUUUCCUGGAGAGAGCACACUGUGUGGCAGAAUGCUCGAUAAUCAAAAUGAAGUCAUGGGAAUAAAAGCAAAAUCAUCAGUUCACAUAAGUAUCUGAUCGUGAAGAUUGCUAGAAUUCACAGCAGAUUAAUCUGAAGUGGACACCAGAUAGCAUCGUUCUUGUAUUUUGUACCGAAUUUUCAAUUCUUACUGGCUCAUAUGCAAGACUAGUGAACAGUGGUAUUUCCUCUUCCAUUUCUAGCUAUGUGCUUAACUGUGACUGGUAUCAGCUACAGACGUUUCACACAAAUAUCCAAGGUACAACUGUAAUAUGGCAUGAACUUGCUACUGUAUCCCUAUAUAUAAGCUCAAAUCAUGUGGUGUGUUUGGGAUUGAUUAGCAUGGUUCAAAGAGGUAUUAGUGACUCAAGAUUACAGUAAUCUUAACAUUUUGAUUAAUUCCAUAUCAAGAAAUUUUAAAGCUGUGUCAUUCUUUAGCAAAACACCAAGUCAGCAAAUUUCGUUAAGGCUAUACUGCUCUACCAUCUGAAAAACAGUGUACUUGAACUAUUACUUUAUAAACUGAAGUAUAUCACUGAAUAGAAAUUCAUUAGCUUUUUGUAAGAGUCUCCCUUUCUCAAAACUGAAUGUAACUUUAAGGCUUCUCAGUUGCAGCAACAAGCUGCAUAUACAAUCCAUAUAAGAUGCAUCUUGAAACAAUAUAGCCAAAAGCCUCAAACACAUUUGCCUUCAGAGUUACUAUUUACAGAAAACUUUAUGACUUGAAUUCUACUUGGAUUAGAUUUAUAUUCUUAGAAAUUUUUCUUAAAUCUACUCUAGUUCGGGACAACAGCAGAGCAGGACUUUGAUGUACAGUGCUUAGUUUUAUCUGUCUCAGUCUUGAUUUACAUAACUUUGCACUUAACCUCACACAAAUCUUGAGAACAGAAUCACUUUCAGAUGCCACACAGGAGCUACUACAACCACAGUUGCUCAUUAUGUUAUUGCAACAAGCUUUUUCACUGUGUAUGACCUUCUACAUGUCAUUUUACCAUUGCAUUUCUCUGCUACUAUAUGGCUGAAUAAAAUUCUACGCAGCAGUGGUAUUUUUUCCCUGAACUUAAAUAAAGUAGAUGUAUGUUCCUGAAACUUUUGUAAAGUGGAAGUGAUGAUGGAAUGAACGCAACAAACUGCAUGCCCUUCUCCAAGUGUUUUCAGAGAUAUCUAUUUAACUUUUGUUAAUCUUGUAGUAAAGUUGAAUUCAACUUAA